GUUUGAUGGCGUCCACUUCGCUUCCGUUUGAAUGACAGCAUUCUUGUCUUCUCUAACCAGCACCAUAAACAUGUUGAAGAAAACAUCAGCAGUACUGUACCACUAUCCUUGUCCGGACGGUGCCUUCGCUGCCUUGGCCGCUCACCUCUAUUUCUCCGCCGCUUCUCGUCCCGUUCUGUUCUUCCCCAACACCGUCUACAGCCCAAUUACACCCGAGCAGCUCCCACUCCAAAAAAUCUCCGAUCUUUAUCUCCUAGAUUUUGUGGGUUCCUCUGGAUUUGUCGGCGACAUCUCCUCUAAAGUUCCCAGGGUGGUGGUAUUGGACCACCAUAAGACUGCGCUUGAGACACUAUGUGGUGAGAUGGGGGAAUCAAUUGGUGGUAAUGUGACUAAAGAGAUAGAUAUGGAGAGGAGUGGUGCUACAAUUGCAUAUGAUUAUUUUAAGGAGAAGCUAAAGAGUUCCACAGAUGAUAGUUUUAAGAAGGCAUUGAGUGAAUUUGACCGUGUUAGGCCACUGUUCGAGUACAUUGAGGAUUGCGAUGUUUGGAGGUGGAGUCUUGAGAACAGCAAAGCUUUUAGCAGUGGCCUUAAGGAUUUGAACAUUGAGUUUGAUGUUAGAGUAAACCCGUCCUUAUUUGAGCAGUUACUUUCUCUAGAUCUAGAGUCGAUCAUCAGUAAAGGCAAACAGAGCUUAUCAUUAAAGCAAGAAUUAAUAAAUGGUGCUCUUGACCAGUCAUAUGAAAUCGCCCUUGGAGGUGGAGCAUUCGGUCAUUGCCUGGCAGUUGAUGCAGAUUCACUUUCAGAGUUGAGAAGCGAAUUGGGACAUCAGUUAGCUGCUAAAAGCCAUAAUAAAAAGUUGAGGGGCAUCGGAGCUGUUGUAUAUAGGGUGCCAGAGCUCGGAAAUGACCAGCUUCUGAAAGUAAGCCUUAGGAGUAUUGGCAGUGAAGAUACAACUCUCAUCUCCCAGGAAUUUGGUGGUGGUGGUCAUCGAAAUGCUAGUUCCUUCCUGAUAAAAUAUGACGAAUUCACUCGCUGGAAGGUUGGCGUAAGUAACCAUCAGCAGGACGUGAUCAUUUCUGACGCUAAUCGAUUGAGGGCAAAGCCCGACACAGAGGUGUCUGUUCAGAUUCACUGGAGAAACUUCUUCUCCACCCAUGGCAGUGUCAUGAGAAGAACACCAAGCAUCAUCUGUGAUGAACUGCAUCCAUGAAUCAUCUUUGUCUUCCUCCUCCAUGCACGACGACGAGGCGACCGGAACAUCCGGUGACAUGGUCUCGUAAUAAUCGUUUGGUAUGAUCGGAGAACUCUCGAUCAACGAGGAUGCCAUCAAAGCGCUGCUGCAUUGCCCAGAUUGUUCUUCAGUUUCAGAACAAAUCCCAUUUUUCUUGAACACACGACACAAUGCAUAAGAAUCCUGCAACAUAUCAGUUGUGUUCAGCACAAAAGCUACAACAUACUAACAUAGAGAGCUUAAUUACAGUAUGUGUAA